AUGAAGUCUCCUGCGAUCAUUCUAGGCACUGCCGCCCUCGCCGGCGCCUUGUCCCCCGCGCGCAACUGCAGCGUGACCAGCAUCUCCGCCUUCUUGCCUAAAAAUGCUACUGUCUACUACGCCGAACACUACGCCCAAGGGGCUAACUUCACUCCUCCUGCUGAUCUGAACUAUGGAUCGACCACUAUGGCGGGCUGUAUCGCGCAGGCCAAUUUCACCCUGCCGAACAACACCCAACACAGCGUGGGCAUGGUCCUGCCGGAUGACUGGAACGGCCGCUUUAUGGCGGUAGGCAACGGGGAGUUUUCAGGCUCGGUAGGCUGGUCGGCAAUCAUCAACACCAUGUGGUACGGCUUCGCGAGUUUCUCCACCGAUACCGGCCAUGAGGGCAACAAUGGCAGUUUCGGCUACCACAACGAGGCGGCAUUGGCCAAUUGGGGUUAUCGUGCGCUGCACAACGCGGUGGUCAACGGCAAGAAGGUGACUCGGGGGUACUAUAACCACGAUAUCGCGUAUAGCUACUACCGCGGCUGCUCCGCAGCUGGUAAGCAAGGAUUCAAGGAGGUGCAGAUGUUCCCUGACGACUUUGACGGGGUGAUUGCGGGGGCGCCCGCCUGGUGGAUGACGCACCAGCAGCUCUGGAACGUGGACGGUGUGGUUGACAAUAUCCUGCAGAAUCCACUGGGCUGCGUUUUCCGGCCAGAGACUCUGAGCUGUGGGGCGACCAGUAACUCGACCUGUUUGACCCAGGCGCAGAUUACCACGGUCAAGAAGCUGUUCUCGCCGUGGAUUGAGGCCAACGACACCUAUGUCUUUCCCGGUUAUACCUUGGGUACCGAGGUCGGCAGCCCCUCGAUCUCUUCUACCUUCGUGACUUAUAUCCAAUAUAUGCUGCAAGUUGGGGGUGAAUGGACGUGGGAGGACUGGAACCCGUCUUUGAUCGCCUUGUCGGAUCGCUUGAAUCCCGGUAACGCGACGGCUGAUAACUUCGACAUCGCUCCCUUUUACCAGAAAGGCAGGAAACUUAUUCACUACCACGGAUACGCCGACCCCUCUAUUGCCACGGGCUCCUCGAUCUACCUGUACAACCACAUCGAGGAAACCCUGAAGCCGCAAGACAUUAAUCUCGAUGAUUUCUACCGCUUCUUCCUCGUGCCGGGAAUGGAGCACUCUGAUUCCCUGACGGGUAAUGUUUUCGGCGUGCCGGGCUUCAACGACCCUAAGCAUGACUUGGUGCUGGCUAUAAUGGCGUGGGUGGAGAACGGCACGGCCCCCGCGUAUCUCAUUCCCACCAAGUACGAGAACGACAACCCGGCAGAUGGAGUAGAAAAGCAGCGGCCGAUCUGCCCGUACCCUCAGCUGGCUCAGUACUCGGGCUCCGGCGACGUCAACGAGGCCCAGAACUGGCACUGUGGAACUUUAUACUGA